CGUGACAACUUCUGGCAAAACGACCACGGCGACGACUACUAUGCUUUCGUCAUCUUUGGUUUGCAAAGUGUCUGAUCAUUGUUCUCAAUAGCAAAUUCAUUCUACUUCGGAUUCGGAUGACAUCUAUACGCUACUCGGUAGAACCAACCGAUAGAAAUGAGCGCCGGCAACGGAUGAGACCAUAAUACUCGUCUCGGCGUCAAAUCCAAAGUCGCUUUUCCCAACAUCAAGAAGACCCUGGGUUUCGACAACAAUUAUCUAAAUUAUGAUUCAAGCAAUUUUCUAUGCCAGGUUCUUUCCAAAAGAGGGAACCAAAAUCGUCGCACAAAGUCCACCGGGCUCAAUCGUGCCAGUUCCACUUCCAGAAGGCACCAAUGGUCCCCUCAACAGGAAACCAUGUCUCUUCGACUUCAGCGUGCUCCAGGAGUACAUCAUCCCGCGCAAGGCCUUCUGCAACCGCUUCAUCACCGUCAAUGACCCGGACGGCAAGUACGUCAUCCUGGGAUACCCCGUCUCCAUUCCGGACCCGCGGUACGACCGGAACGAGUUCAUUUUCAACUUCGGGCUCGUCAUCAGUUGCGACGUGGUGGACCAGAUCCCCUAUGAACGCGUCGUAAGGAGGCUGGCGGCCACCUUUGCCGAGAUGGAGAAGCAGGACGGCUACCUGAGCCAGGACGCGGCCACGAGGGGCGGAGCGGUCGCAGUUCAUGGAUAUGGCAAUGGCGGCGGCCGUUGGGUGGACGGGGACGGGAAUGAGAUGGUGAGUAUGCGGCGGCCGAUAGAAUCGUUGCUGGAGAUUGUGAAGGAGGAUCUGAAUAACUAUGGAGAGUGCAUGAUUCCCAUUGACGACGCUAACACAAUCAACAUGAAACUCUUUCCUCACCACGUCAACCCCCCUGAAGUCAAAGGCUGGCACGUCCCCGUCGCCAAAAUGAAGUUCGCCGACGUCGUCGACCCAACCUGGGAUCUAACCCUGCAGCGCGUCGUCGCCCAUAUCGAUGGCGUUUCCGACGUGCGCCGCAUUGCUCUGGCCUCCGGCGUCUCCCUCGAGCUGACCCAGCUCGCCCUUCGCCACCUGCUCUACUACGACACCAUCCUGCUCCUAGACAUGUUCUUGUUCGGCGCGUGCUACGCCCCUCGCCCGGGGAUCCACGACUUCAUCGCCAACGUAGGCGGCAUGGUCGACGAAUGUGCUAACUACGUCUGCGUCGGACCCAUCGAUCCGUCUCCCAGCAGCAACAACACCGGCACCGGCGCCGGACCUUCUUCUUCUUCUUCCUCCGACAACUACCACCGUCUCCGUUCUGUAUCUGGAAGCACCACUUUCCACAACCACAAUCCCUCCAACCUCUCCACCUCUGCCAGCACACGCCACAGCCACCUCUCCCCCUUUGGCCUUGGCCCAGGAGGUGGUUCCGACCGCGAUCCCAGCCCUUAUGCCCAACACCACCUCUCCCCCGUUCAUGAACGCAAGCCCUCCACCUCCCCCCGCAACCCCUCCUCCAACAUCCACACCUCCUCCUCCCCACCGUCUAACAAGCCCCCACCACCCAACGGAUACCGCAUAUCCAACUACAUGCUAAUCCGCCUAAUGACCACCUUUUGCGUCGGCAAAACCGUGGCCGAAUGGCUCAAGGGCCAUAUGGACUCCGGUUUCGACGUCCUGCGAUACGUAGACGUUCGCCGCUUAGUUCAAUUUGGCGUCAUCAAGGGGUGUUUGUACAGGGUGCACAAGUAUGUUAUCUCAAAACAGUAUUUGGCUGCGCUAGCUACGGGGUUGGCUAGGCCUGUUUCGCCAUCCGAUACCGGAACUGGCACAGGAAGAGGGAAAAGUGGGAGGGGGUAUGGCGAAGGGGAAAUGGGGAGGGAACAUAAAGUGGCGGUGCCGGGCGGACAUUAUGAUACCUACCGUGAACCCGGGAGUCAUGGGGGUCCGGGGGGAAAGGGGUCGAACAACAAGAAGAUGGCGAUGAUGAUGAAGGCUAGUGGGGAUCCGUUGCAAAAGUAUAUGGAUGGACGACAUUGUUUUGAUCAGAUCAUGACGGAGAGGAACAUGACGGACGCGGAGAUUAUGGAUAAAUUGAGGAACUUUCCGGUGCCGGCUGGGGAUUUGACGGUGCUUUAUCGGUAGAGGGAAUGACAGCAUGAAAAUAAGAAUUGAUUAGUGGUGUUGAUAGUUAGCCCGGCUACUGUAUGCGAACUCGUCUUCUUAGAGGACAAAAGAACCUUGUCGAUUCAA